UGAGCUUUCAUAGAUACAAAAUGGCGCUCAUGAAAAGACUUCAAAAAUCUGCCGUCGACAUAACUCCAAUCGAUAUAACACAUAAUUUAGAGAGUUUACAGUUUGAAAGUGCACUUGAUGAUGCCGAGAAACAGUUGCUUGUGUUAAGGAAAAGAUCGCAUGCCCUGACAGUUACUGCAUGUGCACAAGCCACGUUUGUUGCGAACAUCCUUCAUGAAGCAAGGCAAAUAAAGAAACAGAUGAAAAGUCCCCAGAAGAUGACAGCCAAGAUAUUGCAGGAUAAGGAUGCACGGGACCCAUUAAAGGUGGGAAUCAUUGGCUGUGGUCGCCUUGGCAGCCAGUUGGCCCACUGCCUGUUGACAUAUGGCAGAGUGAAUCCCAAAGACCUCAAAGUGUCGACAAGGAGACCAGAAACCCUAGAAUACCUACAGAAUAAAGGAGUUGACUGUUUUCAUGACAAUAUUAAAUUAGUUUCCAUUUCCCAACUGGUGUUCAUCUGUGUGUUACCGUCUCACAUACAAGUCGUGGCAGAGGAAAUCAAAGUCCACAUUCCAACUCACACCAUCAUCUACAGCUUUGUGGCUGCUCACUCUCUCCAGAAACUCAAACAAAUUUUACUGACUAAUAACAUUCUCAAACCCGACCUGUCAUGGAAUACAGAAAGUGAACAAAAUUCUUGGGACUGUUCAGAAAAUGUGAACACAGCAUUAGAGAAUCCAGUUACAGUAGAAAAGACCUGUCCUUUUGGAAAUUUGAUGUCUGAGAGAGUGAUUUUGACCAGCGAGAAGUUUGGUGAACUGAUAAUCUUUGCCAUCCUGAACAUGUGCACUAGUCUCCGACUGAACAAGUCCGAUUGCCUUUCUAUUCUUCAUAUGGCUCUCUUUGGUGGAAUUUCAGAGGACAAACUUCAAGAAUCAGAUUUUAUUAAAAAAAAUCAAGAUGCGCAUGGUAUUUUCCCACGCUUCGACUUGGUCAAGAUAUCUCAAAUAAACACUUCAGUGCAGAAACGCGUGUCCUCUAGUGAACAGUUAAGGAAGGCAUUCAUUAAUCGAUACACCAUGAUGUUUGAAGAAUACUUGAAAAGGAAAGCCUUGCUUGGACCUGACAUGGAUGAAUCCUAAAUAUGAUUUUCUGAUAUUGAACUGUGAUAUAUUACAAUAACACUUAUAUUUUUCAGUAUCUUUACUGUCAACAAUUCAACAAACACCAAUAAAAAUAAUUCAAAUAUA